AUGGGGAUCCCUGAGCUUUUAUAUCCCAGCCCAAGGGUCACCGAACAGCAUCACGUCAAUGCCUUGCAGUGGGCGGUUGAUCCAAGCGGGACCUUUGUGUUGGCACUGCUGCUGCCUGGGGCAUUCAAGCAGGUGGAGGUGGGCAGCUUUGAAACACAGGGGUUCUUCCCCCAUCCUUGUCUCAGGUUGCACAUCGUGAAGGUUUACCUUCCCGUCAUCUCCGUGGAGCUGAAGGCUAAUGCGACCGCACAACUCCAUCUCAAAACCAGGCUGCACCUCAGUGCUCAAUACCACUUCGGCCUCCUCUUCGAAAGGAUAGACAUCAUCGUAGACGUGCACGUCAUGGCCGAUAUCAUGUUUCGGAACUAUUCAGGGGGCAUCGUCCGCUUCAAGUAUGAGAUAUGCGAAACGGAGUUCACCAUUGCAAAUGUCGUCUGCCCAUCGUACUUGAUAAAGACACGGGUGAAGCCAUUGGUGCUGAACAUACUCACCGCAACACUUCCUGGGGCGUUUUGUCGAGUGGUAGAAAUGGUUGGCAACGUGGCGUUAUUUGAUUUUCUGUAUUCAGCAAAUGUUUUGUUCCAAGUCCGCACGACAACAUCCCUCCAUUAUCAGCUGGCUGCUCUGCCACAGAUAACAUCCAUCACCCUUGCACUGAAAUUAAAUAUCGUGAUUCGAACUGCUGGACGAUUUCUCACCGUUCCAGUCAGCGACCAUGCCCCCGCCAUUUUCCCUUCCGUGAAGGGCAGCGCUCUCUGCUUGCUUUUCACCCAAGAUGCUCUUAACGCCAUUCUGCCAGUGGUUAUCCGGGUUACGCCUCAGGAGUUCAUUACCACGCCACAAGUGUUCUCCGGCUCCAUCCAGCUCAUAAAUGCAGUGGCUGUUCUCCUUUCUCAUCAAAAGUGUCCCCAGUGCCCUGAAAAAUCACCCCUGAAAAUUUCACUCUCUGUGGUUGAAGCAGCAACCAUCGUCCUGCAGCCGAGCAGCACCUACCUCCGCCUCGUCCUCGAGAUCACAGUGGGUGCCAAGGACCCCCUUGGGGCGAUCAUAGACCUCUUUGUGCUCAAGGCUAGCCUUAAACUGAGCGUCGAGAUGUCCGUUCACGACUGCAGGCUGAUCUUCUUCACAAAGCUGAUCAAAGUCGAGCUGCGUGUGAUUUCCUCAGACAUCGGACAUAUUUCUGUUACCAGUCUUACGAAGUGGAUGCAUCUUCUUCUAGUGGAGACAUUUAUGCCACGCAUCAAUGAUUGCCUGAAUGCUGGGAUCCCGUUGCCUUCUCUGCUGGACAUUAAUGUGGCUUACCCAAAGUUUCUGAUUUCACAGGGACGCCUUGUGCUGUGCGUAUGAGGGGAAGAGGGUCUGGCCACCAAAUACACUCGGUCGGGACCAGGAAGCUGAGCG